CAGCCCGAGAGGAGCAGAGUCUGCACCGCACCACCAUCCGCCACACCGGCCUGCGGGACGCGUCUCUCUCCCGGGAUGGAGACAGACGCCUCUGAUGAACCGGACCAGCGGAACGGGGUGGUGGGCGUGCUGUACGGAGAGUUCACCGACCCGCUCAACGACCGGGUCCGGUACUCGGUGAGCCUGACGGAGAGCAGCCUGAGCGUCCAGAGGAUCUGCUCGUCACCCGGCCGGACUAAGGUGGUGUUUAACCUGACGGACUGUGUGGGCUGCCGGGCGCACCGACGGCCGGACGGAGCGGAGGACCAGGUCGGUGCCUACUUCACCGCCUGGUUCUACCCGCUCAGGAGGCGCUGGAUGAGCGCCGGGCUGGCCAGACAGAGGGUGGAGCAGGGCUUUAGGGUCGCCCUGGUCCAGGACCCGCUGGCCAACCUCCAGGAGGCUGAGAGGUGGGCUGCAGCCAUCAGGGAUGCCUCGGUGCUGCAGGCGCCCAGGAGGGACGGUGUGGUGUACACGGAGGUGCGUCGACCCUGCAGAGUCAUGAUCCUGGUGAACCCUCACAGCGGUCGCGGACAGGCCCUCCAGCUCUUUACUGGCCACGUGCAGGGCAUGCUCACUGAGGCCGCCGUUCCCUAUACACUCGUCAUCACAGAGCAUCAGAACCAUGCACGGGAACUGGUGAGGAAGGCGGACCUGUCGAAGUGGGACGCCCUGGUUAUCAUGUCUGGAGAUGGGCUGCUGUCUGAGGUGAUAAACGGUCUAAUGGAGCGAGAGGACUGGCAGGAGGCCAUCCAGACCCCUCUGGGUAUUCUACCAGGUGGCUCAGGCAACGCCCUGGCUGCCUCUGUCCACCACUACUCACAGUCGCCUCCAGCGUGGAACGAAGAGCUGCUACUGAGCUGUGGCUUCAUGCUGUGUAAAGGUCUGGUUGGCUCCAUGGACCUGGUGUCGAUCCACCUGGCCUCUCGGCAGCGCCUCUUCUCCUUUCUCUCCCUCGCUUGGGGCUUCGUGGCCGACGUCGACAUCGAGAGCGAGAAGUACCGCCACGUCGGAGCAAUCCGCUUCCUGAUGGGCACCCUGGUGCGUCUGGCCUCCCUCAGAGUCUACCAGGGGAGGUUAGCGUAUCUGCCCGUUACGGAGGCGCCAAAACUUCCCAAAGGGAGCAUCAAGGCUAACCCCCCUCCCUCCACGCCUCAGCACCCUUCGCUCUGCUCCUCCCUGCCCUGUCGGCUCGUCCCAAACGCCUCCCCGAAACAGAACUCUCGCCACAAUCACAACCGCAACACCAUCACCAACUCCUCCAACAACGCUAUCACCACAAAGAGACCGGAGACCCAGAGCGAUGGCAAGACCGGAGCGCCGGAGGACUCCCUGCUUCCUGGUUUGGACCAGCCAGUCCCAGAGAGCUGGACGGUAGUCAAGGAGGAGGACUUUGUCCUGGUGCUGGCUAUUUACCAGUCCCAUCUAGCUGAGGAUCUGUGGACAGUCCCCGGCGCGAUGGCAGACGACGGGGUGAUUCAUCUGUUCUACGUGACGGCGGGAAUCUCCCGUCCGGCCCUCCUGCGCCUUUUCCUCGCAAUGGAGAAGGGCGGCCACCUGGCGUGCGGCUGCCCCCACCUGGUGUACGAGAAGGUGAAGGCCCUGCGGCUGGAGCCUGUCUCCCCAGAGGGCAUGAUCACGGUGGAUGGGGAGAUGGUGGAGUACGGGCCUGUUCAGGCUCAAAUCCACCCGGGGCUGGCCAGACUCAUUUGUGGAUGAAACUUGGAUUAUCUUAAUCUUUUUUUUCUGGCUGUAGAGCUUUCUAGUUUGGCCUUUUAUACUCAGUGUCGACUUCUUUCUGUAUGCUGUGUUUUCAGAAGUGCCAAAGACGUUUUAUCAGCCUCUGGAAAUUCCUCUAUUUUUCUACAGAAACAACUUGUCCUAUUUUUAUGGACCCCUCCCGUCCCCAUCCCCUCUUUCUCCUAAUGUAUGAUUCAGGGUCAAAGCCAUGGAUGGUUGUUCUUGCUGCUGGCUGGUCCCAGCUUAGAGAAAUGGAUCAAGAUUGUGUGUGUGUGUGUGUGUG